AUGCCACCACCAAAAACAGAAGACGGCAUUACAAGCGACGAAGAGGAUUUGCCAUAUGAGGACACAAGUGGAAGUUCGAAUGUUCCAGAACAAUCUGGGAAAGAAGCAAAGGAUCGACGUAAUUCAGAUGGAAGUGGCAAACGCUUAAUCAAAACGGCUCUUCUUCCCUAUGUUUUUUACAAACUAUUUUCAAAAAAUAUUCCAUUUCCAAUGGCACAAUAG